UCAGCAAAAACGAAUUUGUCAGCAUUCGUAUUAAGUAGUUAAACCCCGUGCUGGGUCCUUUCCUCCAUUUCGAAGCAGCUAUGGAUUCUGAACCUGCAGCUUCGUUACCGAACCCUAACCCAAAGCCACCAACUCCAAACAUCGUUAUUGCCGAACCAAAACCAAAACAAAGAGAUUUUUUAACUCACGCCGAAGCUUACCUCGCCAAGCGAGACGGCAUCGACAAGCUUCUCAAAAUUUGCCGUUACACAACGAAGCUAAUCCUCGCCUCUUCAUUUCUAGCUUCGGACCCGAACCUCACUCAACGCCUCAAAAGCUUCGAGUCAAGCGUCGGCGUUAGCCGAAAAGCCUUCAGACUCGGCAAAUUCAUUCAAGACCUCAACGCGCUGAGAAACUCGCACGUCGAUUCCAAACGCGAGCUUCUACUUUCGUUAAUCGCUUACGGUGGCGAAGGUUUCUACUAUUUCAUCGAACAAUUCGUUUGGCUAUCGAAAACCGGUUUGAUCGAUUCGAAACGUUCUAAAAUCUUCCAGAAGGUAAGUGCUUACGCGGAAUUCGUUGGUUAUUUCGGUAGCGUAGCGCUGAAAAUUAGGGAUUUGAGAAUUAUUAAUGAGGAUGAAGCGUGUUUGAAAUCGAGCAUUGAGAUUGGGGUUUUGAGAGGUGUUGGUUGUGAAGAAGAAAAAAUUAGGUCGAGGAAAUUGAGAGAGAAGAAAUUGAUGAAGAAGGUUUCAAUUGUUCAAGAUUUGGCUGAUGGAUUAAUGGCUUUGGAUGAUAUUUUGGAUGGGAAAGGAAUUUUUUCGAAGCCGAUUUUGAUGUCUUCUGCAGGGCUUUUGUCUGCUCUCAUCAGCACUCACAAGAAUUGGGUUAAUUGCUGAGUUUUUCUGGUGCGUUCGAUUUUCUCACAAUUUUUUUAAUGAUAUGUAGUAUAUUUAAUUUAGUAAACUUUGUGAAGUUCGAAUUGAUACCGAGUAUCGAACAAUAGCUAGAAAAUGAAUAAUCAUUGGCCAAGACUUUAUUUACCCCUCGCUGAAUACUGGAGGGUUAUAAUAUAAAAGACAUUGACAAAUAAAAUGGCUCUAUCUCGAUAUAAUGAUCUCUUUUUGUAGAAA